AUGGAUGAAGGAUUCAGUGGGACUGUCAGGAUAUCAAACAUUAGUGAUUUCAUCGCACCAAAGCGCCUGGCUAUGAAUUGCAUCAUUCCACUCGAAACAAGGAUUGUUGAAGAACCACUUGUUGCAGUCAGAAAGAGAGAUACCGUCAAAAAUGGGGCCAAGAAGGGUGCUGUGAAAAUAUCUCUUAACGACUGCCUCGCAUGUAGUGGUUGUAUCACAAGUGCAGAAACAGUCUUAGUCGAGGAGCAGUCGAUCACGAGGCUGUUAGAUGGAAUGUCCAGUAAGCAACUUUCUGUGAUUACUGUUUGCCCACAAAGGGCACAUUAUGUGGUUGAUUCUACGUUUGGACGGUCUUUCUGCUUAGAAGAAGCAUACCACGAGUUCGAGUCAAGCUCAUCGCGACCGCUGCUGGUCUCCUCAUGCCCAGGAUUUGUUUGCUAUGCAGAGAAAAGUCAUGAAGCUUUCCUAUUGCCUUUCGUGAGCAAAGUUAGGUCACCACAAGCCGUGACUGGAGCGCUAGUGAAGGACUAUCUUUCUCGGCGACUUGGAGUACCCGUCGAUUCCAUCUACCACGCUGCUGUGAUGCCAUGCUUUGAUAAAAAAUUGGAAGCUUCUCGUCCCGAUUUUUAUGUGCCUGGUACGGAAAGUGCACGUGAAACCGACUGCGUCAUCAGCACA